GGUAGUGAACCAAUAAAUAGUUGUAUUGCUCGCCAGAAACCCAACCAGGCUGGCAGACAGUUGUUACCAUGCAACGAGCAGACGCUUGUGAAAAGUACAAGUUCCAGCCUGCUGCUGUAUACAUAGCGCGCGCGUGUGUAUGUCGCAAACCGAGCUAGUUAGCUAGCCAUCAAUAAAGUUCCUAAUGUUACAACAUGGCAGAUGGCUGGAGCACCGACACCGGAGAGGCUGCCUAUCGUUCCCUGGAUGCUGUCAAAAACCUUACAAUUAAGAUCCGUAUUCAGAGAGUCACCUCCACAGCAGCCCUCUCCCAACACCUUCAGCAGCAGGUUUGGACUCAACAGGAGAGGGGAGGCAUUGAGCUGGACACCCUCAACUCACAGGCAUCAAUCAGGUGUUAACACUGUUUUGAAACAGCAAGAUGGUGUUAGAUGUUUUGAAAGAGAAAGAUGUUAGAUGCUUCUUAGUUGAGUAGAUGUUAUUUUCGUGGUGGCUAGAUAUGGACCACAACAUCUUGGUUUUGUUUCAGCCAGAAAUGAUGAGUAGUUAGUGGUAGGCUGGCAGGAGAAGCUGUUCAGUCAGUGUCCUUAUAACAAAUAAGAAUUUACUGUUUAGGAUAGUUUGAUGUUGCAUAGUAAGGUGUGUGUGUGUGUGUGUGUGUGUGUGUGUGUGUGUGUGUGUGUGUGUGUGUGUGUGUGUGUGUGUGUGUGCACAAUAUGAAGUGGUUUUGUUCCAGAGUGAUUCAGUAUGCCAGACUCCGCAGGAGAGACAAUACCACACAGAGAUCAUGGCUCAGGAGCGGACCAGGGGCAGACGGAACUGCAGGAUUUUCACCUACACCGAUUCUGACUGCUUCACCAAUUUGGAAGGGGUGGUUUUCAACAGAAUCUCCAUUUCUGUAACGGUUCUGUAACCAAAGAUGCUGGGAGACGGGAAGCAAGUAUAGGGGGAGGAUUUAUUAAUAAUUAGACAUGAAACUAAAGAAGAACAGAGUCUGGACAAGAGAAAUGGAGUCCGGGUGAGUCCGAUGAAGCGAUGGGGCACGUAAAAAUGGUGACAGGUGUGCGUAAUGAUGAGCAGCCUGGCGACCUCGAGCGCCAGAGAGAGGGAGCUGGAGCAGAUGUCACAAUUUCAUUAUUCAAAACAAAGCAUUUACCUAAUUUAGGUCCAAAAGAAACGUUAGUGUUUUAAAGCUGUUUUUGAUAUACUCACUACAGCAUUCCCAGAGUAUGGUGACGCAGGUCAAGUCCAGUCCUACCUUACUGGCACAUAGGAUGGCCAAUGUCAGACACAGACGACAGGACAGACGCCCAGUUGACCGCACCAUCCCCAAGUCCAGGCUGAUUACCUGGGAGCCCUUGGAGGACUUUGUGAAGACCAGCCACAUGGUCAACACACCUGUACAGACCAUGCACAUCAUGGGGAACCUGGGACCAACGGGCAAACUUGGCCAAAAGGAGAAGGAAUGCUUGUCUGCACGAUAAGAGCAGAUGGAAAUGGAGUGGUUACCAUCAAACCAGACUUCAACAAAGGCAAGGAGCCCUACAGGCCAGUGACCCGCACCUGCUGAAGUCAAAAUGUUU